AUGGAGGCUGAGAACACGACCACACAUGGAAAAAAUGAGGAUUUUCUGCUUCCAAAAACAAAGUCUAGGAAAAGAAAACAGCCAGAUAUGGACACAAGUGAGAUUACAGAUCCAGUUACAAAAAGGCCACACUUUAAACCAUUGAAGGCUAUUGUUGGAUCGGGUUCUAAAUCAGAAAUCAGACGGAUACCAGUUCCCCCUCAUCGAUAUACACCGCUGCAGAAAGAGUGGCUGAAAAUUUUCACACCGCUUGUAGAAAAUCUGAAGUUGAAUGUAAGAUUUGUUGCAAAGAAGCGACAAGUAGAGAUAAAGGCUGGUAAGGAAACACUGGAAAUUGGUGCUUUGCAGAGGGCUGAAGAUUUUGUCAAAGCCUUUAUUCUAGGAUUUGAUGUUGAAGAUGCUCUUGCCCUUCUGCGUUUGGAUCAUCUGUAUCUGGAGAGUUUUGACGUCACAGAUGUGAAACCAUUGAAAGGUGACCACUUGGCUAGAGCUAUUGGCAGGUUGGCUGGCAAGAAUGGAAAGACAAAGUUCACAAUAGAAAAUGUGACAACUACCAGGAUCGUUCUUGCAGACAGUAAAAUUCACAUUUUGGGGUCAUAUCAAAACAUUCAGAUAGCAAGGAGAGCCAUUUGUAACCUUAUUCUGGGAAGUGCUCCAAGCAAAGUUUAUGGACAGAUGAGGACAGUCGCACAACGAGCUGCCAGUAGAUUUUGA